UUUUCAGUCGUUUACUAGCGGCCGAUUAGGAAGGUUCGUUCUUUUAUUACGGUUGGUUUAUGGAAAGAUACAACAGCCACGUGGGUGUCUUUUUCUUUGAUAUUUUUGUCACAAAAAGCUUGUUUUACUCAAGAUAAACCAAUAGUUUUUUGGAAGUGUUAAAUAACUAAAAUAUAUCUCAAUUGAUAUCAAUUUAAAGUGCUAUUCGUGUUUAAGUGUUUAAAUUAACAAAAAGGAACAAGUGUUAUUUCUGCGCAUCAAUCUAUAAAAUAGGAAUAAAUCCAUAUCAAAGCCGAUAAAUAAGCACAAUGACAUACGAUUGCUACCUUGUUCUACAGGACUCAACCGUCCUGCCAGGACGAUCAUUUGGCAGUCGUCAAGAACGAGAUGGAGAAGUUGUCUUCCAAACUGGUAUGGUUGGGUAUCCUGAGUCGAUGACUGAUCGCUCGUAUCGUGGUCAGAUUCUUGUUCUUACAUAUCCACUUGUGGGAAACUACGGUGUUCCCGAUACAAGAGAAGUUGAUGAUCAAGGUCUCCUGAAACAUUUUGAAUGGACUGCCGGAAUAUCUAUAUCUGCAUUGGUUGUUGGAGAAAUUUGCGAGACUCCAUCUCAUUGGCGAGCAAAGCAGACACUUUCCAAAUGGAUGGAAAGCGAAGGCAUUCCCGGAAUCAGUGACAUCGAUACGCGUGCUUUGACUAAGAAAAUCCGGGAGCAUGGUUCGAUUUUGGGUCGCAUUGUAUAUGAAAUCCCUGCCAACCCUGAAAAUCUUCAAUUCGAAGAUCCCAAUGAGAGAAACCUUGUGGCCGAGUGUUCUGUGAAAAGUCCAGUGGUCUUCAAUGAGUCAGGUUCACCAAGAAUAUGCGCAAUCGAUUGUGGACUGAAAUUAAAUCAGAUAAGAUGUUUUGUGGAACGUGGAGCUCGAGUGGAAUUGGUUCCAUGGAAUCAUGAACUGGACGAAAACGAUUUUGAUGGUUUGUUUUUAAGCAACGGUCCUGGUGAUCCAGUUGUGUGCAAAGAUACAGUUGCUCAGGUGAAGAAGGUUCUUAAAAAUGGAAGACGUCCAAUAUUUGGAAUAUGUCUGGGACAUCAGUUGCUGUCUACCGCAGCUGGGUGUAAGACCUUCAAAAUGAAAUACGGUAACCGUGGACACAAUCUGCCUUGUGUUCAUAAAGGAACUGGACGGUGUUUUAUGACUUCCCAAAACCAUGGUUACGCUGUGGACACCAAGACCUUACCUUUUGAUUGGGAACCCCUUUUCACAAAUGCCAACGAUCAUACCAACGAGGGUAUUAUUCACAAGGAUAAGCCAUACUUCUCAGUUCAAUUUCAUCCUGAACACACUGCUGGUCCUGAGGACUUGGAAAUGCUUUUUGAUGUUUUUCUAGACGCUGUUCGCAAUGUGAACCACCCCGGUAAAAGUCUUCGUGAGCAGCUGAUUGAGAGGCUAACAUACGUGCCAACACCCGAUUCCAUUUUGGAGGAACGCCCAAGAAAAGUUCUGAUUCUUGGGUCAGGUGGUUUAUCAAUUGGUCAAGCUGGAGAAUUCGACUACUCGGGAUCGCAAGCUAUUAAGGCGAUGAAAGAGGAGAAAAUUCAAACAAUCUUAAUCAAUCCGAACAUUGCUACCGUGCAGACCUCCAAGGGACUAGCCGACAAGUGCUACUUCCUUCCAUUGACACCGGAAUACGUUGAACAGGUUAUAAAGGCAGAAAGGCCUAAUGGUGUUUUAUUGACGUUUGGAGGCCAGACGGCUCUAAAUUGUGGUGUAGAGCUCGAGCGAGCUGGUGUAUUCGAGCGAUACAAUGUCAAAAUUUUGGGAACUCCAAUAAAAUCUAUCAUAGAAACUGAGGAUCGAAAAAUAUUUGCGGAUCGCGUCAACGAAAUUGGCGAGAAAGUUGCACCAUCUGAAAUUGCCUAUUCAGUAGAAGAAGCCUUAGCUGCUGCUGAUUCUCUGGGGUACCCAGUGAUGGCACGAGCUGCUUUCUCACUCGGUGGAUUGGGAUCAGGGUUUGCCAACAACAAGGAAGAGUUGAGAAACCUUGCUGAACAAGCUUUGGCGCACUCGAGCCAAUUGAUCAUCGACAAAUCUCUUAAGGGUUGGAAGGAAGUGGAAUACGAGGUAGUUAGGGACGCUUUCGAUAACUGCAUCACUGUUUGUAAUAUGGAGAAUCUUGAUCCUUUGGGAAUUCAUACUGGAGAAAGUAUCGUAGUUGCGCCAUCACAGACUCUUUCGAAUAAAGAAUACAACAUGCUGCGAACUACAGCAAUAAAGGUCAUCCGGCACUUUGGAGUUGUCGGUGAGUGCAAUAUUCAGUACGCCUUGAAUCCCUUCUCCGAGCAGUACUACAUCAUCGAGGUCAACGCCAGGUUGUCAAGAAGUUCUGCCUUGGCCAGUAAGGCCACCGGAUACCCUUUGGCGUAUGUGGCUGCAAAACUCUCCUUGGGUGUAGCCCUCCCGAGCAUAAAGAACUCUGUGACUGGAGUAACAACAGCGUGUUUCGAACCAAGUUUAGAUUAUUGUGUUGUAAAGAUUCCUCGUUGGGAUUUGGCAAAGUUCAUUCGGGUCAGCAAGAACAUUGGUAGUUCAAUGAAGAGUGUUGGUGAGGUGAUGGCAAUUGGUCGAAACUUUGAGGAGGCAUUCCAGAAGGCGCUUCGAAUGGUGGAUGGAAAUGUUAAUGGCUUCGAUCCCUAUCUGCAGCCGGUGAAAGAUGAGGAACUCACCGAGCCGACUGACAAACGACCAUUUGUUCUCGCUGCUGCUCUUAAGGCCAAAUAUACGAUUGAUAGGCUUCAUGAUCUUACAAAAAUUGAUCGUUGGUUUUUGAGCAAGAUGCAAAAUAUAAUUGAAUUUCAGGAACUCCUUGAAGCCAAUGGAGCCCAUCUCACUCAUGACCUUAUCAUUCAGGCCAAAAAGAUGGGCUAUUCGGACAAACAGAUUGCAGCGGCAACAAAGAGCACGGAACUGGCCGUCCGUCGACAGCGGCAGGAAAUGGGUAUUGUUCCGUUUGUGAAGCAGAUCGAUACUGUUGCUGGAGAGUGGCCAGCUGCCACAAACUAUCUCUAUCUUACCUACAACGCUUCCGAGAACGAUUUAGAUUUUCCUGGGAACUUUACAAUUGUUGUCGGAUCCGGGGUGUACAGAAUUGGAUCUUCAGUCGAGUUCGAUUGGUGUGCUGUUGGGUGUUUGAGAGAGCUGAGAAAGCUGGGAAAGUCUACAGUUAUGAUCAACUACAAUCCAGAGACCGUUUCUACGGACUACGAUAUGUGUGAUCGUCUGUACUUUGAAGAAAUAUCUUUCGAAGUGGUAAUGGACGUGUAUGAAAUGGAAAAAUCAGAUGGAAUCAUUGUUUCGAUGGGCGGACAAUUGCCAAAUAACAUAGCAAUGGAUUUGCACCGACAGCAAGCGAAGGUGCUGGGAACAUCUCCCGAAUCAAUUGAUAGUGCAGAGAAUCGCUUCAAAUUCUCGCGGAUGUUAGACCGAAAAGGUAUACUACAGCCCCGUUGGAAGGAGCUUACAAAUCUUCAAUCGGCCAUUGAUUUCUGCGAGGAAGUUGGCUACCCAUGCUUGGUCAGACCAUCCUAUGUACUUUCCGGAGCAGCUAUGAAUGUAGCUUACUCCAAUCAAGAUUUAGAGACUUACCUUAAUGCUGCUUCUUUGGUCAGCAAAGAGCAUCCAGUUGUGAUAUCGAAGUUCUUGACCGAAGCCAAGGAAAUCGAUGUUGAUGCAGUUGCGGCUGAUGGAGAAAUCCUCUGUAUGGCUGUUUCGGAACAUGUUGAAAAUGCUGGAGUGCAUUCAGGUGAUGCAACUUUGGUAACACCACCACAAGAUUUGAAUCCAGAGACAUUGGAGAAUAUAAAACGUAUCACAAGGGAUUUGGCAUCGCUACUCGAUGUAACUGGUCCCUUUAACAUGCAGCUCAUAGCCAAGAACAACGAGCUAAAAGUGAUCGAGUGUAAUGUCAGAGUAUCACGGUCAUUCCCAUUCGUUUCCAAGACUCUCAACCACGAUUUCGUGGCGACCGCAACUCGAGCCAUCAUUGGCAUGAGUGUGGAUCCUGUCGAGGUUCUGCAUGGUGCUGGCAAAGUCGGGGUCAAAGUACCACAAUUUAGUUUUGCACGUCUUGCUGGAGCUGAUGUUCAGUUGGGAGUUGAAAUGGCAUCGACUGGAGAAGUGGCUUGUUUCGGUGACAAUCGCUAUGAGGCUUAUUUGAAAGCUAUGAUGUCCACUGGAUUCCAAAUACCAAAGAAAGCCAUUCUCUUGUCAAUUGGUAGCUUUAAACAUAAGAUGGAACUCUUGCCAUCCAUACGAGAUCUUGCAAAGAUGGGAUAUAAGUUGUAUGCCUCAAUGGGAACUGGAGACUUUUAUGCCGAGCAUGGUGUCGAUGUUGAAUCGGUGCAAUGGACUUUCGAUAAGGUGGCCCCUGAAGAUGCCAGUGGCGAGCUGCGUCACUUGGCUGAGUUUUUGGCGAACAAGCAGUUUGAUAUGGUAAUUAAUCUUCCAAUGCGUGGAGGUGGUGCAAGACGUGUCUCAUCAUUCAUGACCCAUGGUUAUCGUACUCGACGUCUAGCUGUCGACUAUUCGAUCUCUUUGGUAACGGAUGUAAAAUGCACUAAACUUCUUGUUGAAGCUAUGCGUCGAAUUGGUCGUGCACCGAUCAUGAAAACCCACACCGAUUGUAUGACUUCACGCCGAAUGGUCACAUUGCCUGGUUUCAUUGACGUCCAUACCCAUCUGCGUGAGCCAGGUGCCACCCACAAAGAAGAUUUUUCAACCGGAACGGCUGCAGCUCUUGCCGGUGGUGUUACUAUGAUUUGUGCCAUGCCAAAUACCACACCCUCAAUAACAGAUCGGACUACGUUUAAUUUGUUUCAAGAUCUUGCUAGAGUUGGAGCACGAUGUGAUUAUGCUUUGUAUAUUGGAGCAUCGGACAGCAACUGGGGUCAGCUUAGUGAAAUAGCUCCUCAGGCAGCUGGCUUGAAAAUGUACCUCAAUGAUACUUUUAGCACAUUGAAGAUGACCGAUAUGACCGUGUGGGAGAAACACUUUCAGAGUUGGCCAAAACGCUGCCCGAUAGUUUGUCACGCCGAGAAGCAAACCAUGGCGGCUGUUAUUCUUCUUGCACACAUGAUGGAUCGGUCCAUUCACAUCUGUCACAUAGCCCGCAAGGAGGAGAUCAUGAUUAUCAGGGCCGCUAAAGAGAAGGGCAUUCGAGUGACCUGUGAAGUGUGUCCGCACCAUCUAUUCCUUUCAACAGAUGAUAUCGAGACAAUUGGCGCAGGACGUGCUGAAGUUAGACCAGUUCUCUGCUCCCCUGAAGAUCAGCAAGCUUUGUGGGAUAAUAUGGAAUACAUUGAUGUGUUUGCCACCGAUCAUGCUCCACAUACAAUUGAGGAGAAAAACUCCGAAAAGCCUCCACCAGGCUUCACGGGCUUGGAGACAAUAUUACCUCUUCUUUUAAAGGCUGUCAAUGAGGAACGCCUGACGCUGGAGGACAUCAAGAACAAGUUUUAUCGCAAUCCGAAGAGAAUAUUCAAUCUCCCAGAGCAGCCAAAUACUUAUGUCGAGGUUGAUUUAGAUGAAGAAUGGACAAUUCGCAAAGAGAAAAUGCAUUCCAAGGCCAAAUGGACGCCAUUCGAUGGGACAAAAGUGAAAGGCCGUGUGCACAGAGUUGUUCUUCGAGGUGAAGUAGCCUUCAUUGAUGGAGAAGUGCUUGUUCCACCCGGUUUUGGUAUCAAUGUUCGAACACAAUACACUAGAAAAUCGCUACUUAAUCAAUCAAUUGAAUCACUGGACUACAACCAAUCUACCGAAGCAAUCGACUGCCUAGCGAAAACAGACAUAUUGAAUAGAAGCUCAGACUACGUAUCCGAUCUUCAAACAAAUGAAGCAUUUUCUAAACUCCUUCCCGACCCGGUACCAAAACUAGCCGUUCACUUUGCGGGCGAUCCUAACUUCUUGAGACCUAUAUCGCCGAUUGCUCGAGUUCGUUACGAUUCCAUUGGCAAUACAACUCUUAAGGAACUCAUUCAAAAGACUAGCAGCGCAACAGCAAACCCUACUGCGCAUGGGCUUCUGGGAAAACACAUUCUCACUGUAGAUAUGUUCAACAAGGAGCAACUGAAUGAUAUUUUCAACCUAGCUCAGAUAUUCAAAGGUCGCGUUACAAAGGAUCGUCCAUUGGAUGACAUACUAAAAGGCAAAAUUAUGGCUUCUGUAUUCUAUGAAGUCAGUACGAGGACAUCUUGCAGCUUUGCCGCAGCUAUGCAGAGACUCGGUGGACGGGUAAUCUACAUGGACGAGACGAGCUCUUCGGUUAAGAAGGGUGAGACUUUAGAAGACAGCGUUGCGGUGAUGGCAGGUUAUUCCGACGUCAUUGUCUUAAGACAUCCUGAACCAGGUGCUGUGUCUAGGGCAGCACAACACUGCCGCAAAGCCCUGAUAAACGCUGGCGAUGGUGUAGGAGAGCAUCCCACCCAAGCCCUUUUGGAUAUUUUCACCAUUCGUGAGGAAAUCGGUACGGUUAAUGGUCUGACAAUAACGAUGGUUGGUGAUUUGAAACACGGCAGGACCGUGCAUUCUCUAGCACGUCUUCUAACUCUCUACAAUGUAACCUUGCAAUACGUAAGCCCCGAUAAUCUAGGCAUGCCAGAUCGUAUAAUGCGCUACGUCAGCUCGAAGGGUAUCAAUCAAAAGACAUACAGUUCUAUUGAAUCUGCACUGCCAACUACAGACGUGCUCUAUAUGACGAGAAUACAGAAGGAACGUUUUGCUUCGGAAAAGGAUUAUAAUAAUUGUUGUGGCCAUUUCGUUGUUACUCCAAAACUAAUGACAGAGGCUAAUAGACGUAUGAUUGUUAUGCAUCCUCUUCCUAGAGUAUUUGAAAUAAGUAAGGAGUUCGAUUCAGAUCCUAGAGCGGCGUACUUUAGACAAGCUGAAUAUGGAAUGUACGUAAGAAUGGCACUUUUGGCAAUGGUACUAGGAAGAAACUGAUAUCUUGAGGAUCCAAACUAAAACUACAGAUUUUUUUUAUAUAUGCACAUUGCACAUAUACAACAUAAUUCAAUUAUGUAAUGUAAGAUUAAUAAAUUUUUUUUAUAUAGAA